AUGGUAUGGCCGUUUGGAUCCUCACCGCCGGAUCGUGACAAGCCCGAACCCAGCGACAAGCGGCGGCCGAUUGAAUGGGACAAGUCGCUAGGCGAGGUCGCGAGCCCGUUCGACGCGGCAAAACAAUGGGCGCCGGUAGUAAUCACGUCGCUAGUCGGCCUUGGCGCGCUGCAGCUCUACGCAAACUACCUGCGACGAAUACCUGGCGCGGCAUUCAUCAAGCAGUCUGCAUUUCGCAAGAAGACGCUGUUUGGCCGCGUGACGAGCGUCGGCGACGGUGACGGCUUUCACCUAUUUCACACUCCUGGUGGCAGAGCUGUAGGCUGGGGCUGGCUACGAAAGGUGCCUGAAAAACGAAGAGAGCUCAAGGAUCGCACGAUCUCUAUUCGACUCGCUGGAAUCGACGCGCCGGAAGGAGCCCACUUCGGACGACCAGCGCAACCUUACGCGGACGAGGCCAUGAAAUGGUUGACGGAAUACAUACUACAUCGAAACGUGCGGGCGCACAUCUAUAAACGCGACCAGUACAGCCGCGUCGUCGCGACCGUUUACGUCUGGCGGUUCCUGACGCGCCGCAACGUUGGACUGGAGCUCGUCAAGCGGGGACUGGCGACGACAUACGAAGCAAAAUCGGGCGCUGAGUUCGGCGGCCUGAGAAGCGUAUAUGAAAAGGCGGAAGCUAAGGCCAAGAGAAAGAAGCUGGGCAUGUGGUCCGGCAGCGCCAGCGAGUUUGAGAGCCCACGCGCGUACAAGAGUCGAUACUCUGGCAAUGAUGGCGAGUAG